AGAAGACCGGGUAGACUUGGUAACAGAGGAGGCUGCUCUCAUGAACAUCCGAGAGCAGCUCCAUGCCCGAGAAAAGGACGAGGCGCAGCAGCUCGAGUUCCUGCACGCCAUCUACCCCGCGUGCCUCGCUGCCCAGCAGAGAGGGGACUACACAAUGGAGCCACACUGCUCGAAGGCGGCUGUGGUGGAGAGGAUUGUGGAGCUCAUUGAGGAGAUUCCUCCUAACUCUCCACCCGACGCCGUCCUGGCCAACUCCCUCAUUGCUGUGGCCAACCUCAGCACCAUAACACCUGCCCUGGAGCCGGAGCUGGAGACCCACCUCCUCCGAUCCACCCUCCACGCUGUCUUCACCCUGGGCACGCAGAUGGACACCAACCAAGUCCAGGAUCUGCAUAGGGUCAUACCAGACCUCCUGGACGCCAUGCUGGAGAACCUGCUGGCAAAGACGCCAGACACGGACAAGCUCCACUACAUCUUGCAGCACAUUAACUACUGGACCGUGUCCAGGGUGCCACGAGAGAGAGCCAGGGCCAUCAGGAGCAGCGCGGCCCUGCUCACUGGCGACUCUCGCUUUUAA